AUGAAAGCGACGGACAAAGAUGAAGCGGUUGCCUACUAUCCCAAAAGCGCCAAAGGCGCAGAGCCCAGCGGUAAAAAUAUCGAAACUGUUAAGAUAAACGGACAAAAUGAAGAUGAAGAAGCAGCCAAGGAGUAUCUUUCCAGCAUUGACCAAGAAGUGCUAACCAAAUUGAGCUGCAUCUCAGGCCUUGGGACUUAUCUAGCAAAACUGAAGUUAAAAGUGAACAAAUUUUACUUCAUUUACACUGUAUUGACGAUAAUUCAUUUUUCUAUUUACCUAAACAGAGGAAUCAUUCCUGGGUCCUAUGAUUUUUUGUCCUCAUAUCUGAAGGAGAAGUAUGCACCGACAAAUGUCGAUGUCCACAUAGGAUUCCUAACGUCUGUCUUUGUUUUCGGAUUAAGUAUAAACUCCAUCCUUAGUGGAUCCCUUGCGUCCAAGUAUAGUGUCUUUCGGAUAACGGAUAUCUUCCUCUUUCAGAAUUCGUUGGCCUUACUAAUGACUGGUUUCUCAUUUAUUAUCGGAUCGUACUAUUCCCUAAUGUUUAGCAGAUUCUUUUGUGGGUUCAGUGAAGCUGCCUUCAUUACAAUUAUCCCUCCUCUGAUUUAUUCAUACUCGAAAGAUCGAGCUGGCUCCUGGAUUAGCAUUUUUCUAACUAUGUUUCCUUUGGGGGGUUGUAUUGGGUACCUGCUCGCCGUUUUACUACCCAUCAUGAAAAUCACCGUAGCACAAUACUUCACCGGUUCGGGGGUCGCCUUCAUGCUUUUUUCCCUUUGCUUCUACCUGUUUGAUGAAAAUUUAUUAAAAAAGUAUGAGGACGAGAAGAGCAGAAGGGAGCAGCAGUCCUCGGGGCAGAAGCAACAGGGGGAUGGCGCCACCGAUUUGGAGGACGGGAAGAACCAGAGGAAAUCCGUCAAGGGGGGUCCUCCAUCGGGUGCCGGAAACAACGGGACGGCUAAAAACGGGGCCGCCAACCAAGGGGUCACUCAGAAAAGCACAAGCGCCAUCACAUCCGGGGAGCCAAACUCGGACAACUCCGCCAACUCUGCGACCACCUCAGCGACCACCUCUGGGACCACCUCUGCCACCACCUCCGCGACGAGUUCCCCCGCCGGAGCGGCGCCCGGAAACAGAACACCAAACAGAAACGCGAGUAACGUCAGCUCGGGGAGAAACCCCCUCGCCGGGCAGCCAGGACCCGCGAAUGGUAGAAGGCAGAGUAGCAUCACGCGAAAUGUGGGCGGACAGAAUAGCUCCGACUUUGCAAAUCAGACAGACGGAGGACUCGGCUUCGAGCGAAAGUCUCUCGACGAGGGGAUGGAGAUCAUGAAAAAGGGAACAAACAGCAGCUCAGGAAUCUACGAAGAAAUGAUGCACGAAGCAUCCGAGGGAACGAGCUUUGAUAAGACCAGAUCCUUUAAUUAUAUGAAGGAAAAUUACAGCCACCUAGACUGCGCUGCCAUUAUAAGAGAAAUGGACUUAGAAGCAAACGAAGACGAGGAACAGCAAAAUAUUAGCAACAACAGCUACAUCAACAACAAUCUAGACAAAAUGUAUCUUCUGAAAUCGUUUGGGCCGGAUGAAGAAUAUAUGAAUACAACUCAGGAGACUGAUGGGAAGACAAAGAAGGACAAGAAGUAUUUAGAGAUCGAGCUGGAUAACUGUAUCGAAUCUAUGGAUGAUGAGAAAAACAAUGAAUACCUUAAUUUGGGUCUCCUUGCAAGCACUACCUUGACGAACGUCGGAUUCCUCAUAUUAGUUAUUGCACUAACGGCACACACCGAUAUGGUACAAUCGUACUUAGUCUAUGGUGCACCAAUCCUGUAUGCGUUGAAGCUCUUCCCAUCGUACAAAGCUGCCACGGUAUUCUGUAGUCUAUGUGCUUGUCUCUCCUCCAUUGUUGGCACCUGUUUUGGAGGCUUCCUCAUGGAUUUCUACAAUCUGAACAUACAGAAUGUCGACAAGAAUUAUGAGCAUAUAAAUAAUAAUGAGAAGAAAAUUAAGAUAUACAGCAAGGACGUCCUGAUGUAUGAGUACCUUCGAAUCAUCGGCAUUCAGACCUUCAUCAUUUUGGCCGUUGCCAGUUCGCUUGUCAUGUUAAUUCCAUUUAUUACCAACACGUAUUUGUUUACCUUCGUGAUGACCCUCGGGCUGACCUUUCUCUUCUCCGCCAUGCCUGGCCAAAACAUCGGACUCAUGGUGUGCGUGCCUCAGAACAUCCGCGCCUUUUCCAUAGGACUGUCCUCCUUCAUUUCGCAUCUGCUUGGCGACAUCCCCUGGACGAUUAUCAUCGGCAAGAUUAAGGGAACCCUAUCUCCUGACUGCGUCGUGACGAGAAAUGGAGAACUGAGCGAGCGCUGCUUCGAACAAAGCAGGGGCCUUCGAGUGACUCUUUUUAUCAUCUGCUCCAAGUCGCUCAUCAUGAUGAUGGCCAGCUUCCUCCUCAACGUAUACGCCAAGAAGAAAAUUAGGAAAUACAAGAAUAAGCAGAGCGGUACGGCGUGA